CUUGCUCCUCCUCCUACAAUGUAUAACCAGGCAGAGCCGAGGACUCUGGCUGGUCAGCAACUCAUCCACAUUCAGUCCAGGACCUGGAAUUAAGAGGACAACUUCCCACACACACAAUGUCAGAAGACAAGAUCACGGGAACCUUGGCUUUCGCUGUCUUCACUGCUGUGCUGGGUUCCUUCCAGUUUGGCUAUGACAUCGGCGUGAUCAACGCACCUCAAGAGGUAAUAAUAUCCCAUUAUCACCGGGUUUUGGGUGUUGCAGUGGAUGAUCGAAGAGCUGCCAGUAUCCACGAUGUCAACAGCACAGACACCCCACUCGUGGUCACGCCAGAAUACACCACACCAGCCCCCUGGGCAGAAGAGAAGGCUGAAGGCUCUGCUCAUAUCAUCACAAUACUCUGGUCUCUGUCUGUGUCCAGCUUCGCAGUGGGUGGAAUGGUCGCCUCAUUCUUUGGUGGGUGGCUAGGUGACAAGCUUGGAAGGAUCAAAGCCAUGCUGGCAGCCAACAGUCUCUCACUGACCGGAGCUCUCUUGAUGGGGUGCUCCAAACUCGGACCGUCACACAUCCUCGUCAUCGCCGGCAGAAGCAUAUCAGGACUGUACUGCGGGCUAAUUUCAGGACUGGUCCCUAUGUACAUUGGUGAAAUCGCUCCAACCACUCUCCGAGGCGCCCUGGGCACUCUGCACCAACUGGCCAUUGUCACAGGCAUUCUUAUUAGUCAGAUAGCUGGCCUCAGCUUUAUUCUGGGCAAUCAGGAUCGUUGGCACAUCCUGCUUGGCCUGUCUGCUGUGCCAGCUCUCCUUCAGUGUCUCCUGCUCUUCUUCUGCCCAGAAAGUCCCCGCUACCUUUAUAUAAAGCUGGAAGAGGAAGUCAGAGCGAAGAAAAGCUUGAAGAGACUGAGAGGAACUGAGGAUGUCACCAAAGAUAUUAAUGAGAUGAGAAAAGAAAAGGAAGAGGCAGCUACUGAGCAGAAAGUCUCUGUGAUCCAGCUCUUCACGGACUCCAGCUACCGACAGCCCAUCAUUGUGUCUCUAAUGCUACACAUGGCCCAGCAGUUUUCUGGAAUCAAUGGGGUAUGUUUAAGACCUCCUAACAUUAAGAGAGCAAAGGGAGCUGAGACAGAAAGAAGCUUAGACUUAAGUCACUAGAAGACAUUUAAAAAC